AUGGGCAGACGAGGAGGACCGAGCUAUAAUGGAAGACGGGCUGCCGACAGGCCUGAGUUCGGUGAUAUCAAUACAGGAGGUUCUGUUGUCAACAGCACGUUGGCGAGACAAGGGACCGAGUCGGAAGGAGGGAGUUCCUCGGUUAGCAACGGAGCCAGCAUAACCAGGCUGAACUCCGGAGAAGACGAAGAACGGACUGAUCUGAGCGUAGUUGGCGGCUCCAAUGCUGCCGGAACUAUUGGUCAAACAGAGCCGGCAGACGGAGGAGCCACCGACGAAGGAAGUGCGCAAGUUGAUGACGGAACCGGGUCAGCUCAAGCAAGUCAGACUGAUCACAGCAGCGCAAAUGCUACUGUCGAUGGUGACGCUGGCCGACAAGAUAGCGUAUCGCAAGAACGGAACUCAGUUGUUGAUGGAACCGGCCCGGCUUUGCUAUCAACACAGGGAAGCAACGCUGUACAGGCCGGCAUUCCUGCCGUCAAUGACGAUACGAGCAGCGUUCAAACAAACAACGACAGCAAUGGCAACCAACGUCGCAUCGACAACACGCAGACUGACAGGAAUGUCCACAGCAAUGGGUCUCCUGAUUUCAGUGCUCUGGUCAUGGAGAUGUUACAGGCCAUCGUCGGUCGUCUCGACAUUAUUAUUGACAAGAUGGACAACAUUCAAAGCAAUACUGCCAACAGCAAUGCCACCAGUGGUGCCAUCGCGGUAGCCGAUAAUGCCAAUACGAACAGCAAUGACAGUAAUGUCAUCAGAUCCGAAGGCAGCGAUGUUGGUGUUGGCAGUGCCGACCAGGGCAAUAACGGCAGGACGAGAAGUGAAAACGAAACUAUCCUUGUCACUGAGAACACUAAUGCCGGCGAGAAUCCUCUCAACAACUAUCGCACUGAGCAACAGCGUGUUGUUGAUGACAGAGAAACCGUCCGGAAUGUCAACAUCAACAAUAACGACGAAUCUGGAGAAGUUAUAGUUCAUGAACUUGCUGUCGUUAGCGAUGCAAUUGUUGUCAUAGAGGAGGAUGACACUACUGCGAACCAGAGCGCUGGUACCAGCAAUGAGCGCGGAGUUGCCAGUGUUGAAAUUGAAAUCAUCGCUGAUAGAGAGAGCGACGGAAACACUGUCAGCCAACAAACUAGGGGCAACAAUACCGUUGGCAGUGACAAUAACAGGAGUGCUUCCAACAGGGGAAGCAGCUCUGGCGGGAGCAGAGGCAGAAACAGGAGGAGAAACUACAACAGAGGAAAUGCGUCUGGUGACAACGCUGCCAGCAGUGUCGCCGCUAGCAGCAAUGGCCGUGAAAAUACAAAUAGCAUUGAUUCCAACCACGAGAUUCCCCUCAGGGAAACGAUUGAGCAAGUACUGCUUGAUGACGUUAUCAUCUCUUCCUUUGACGAUUUGGGCGAUAAUGGCACCAGCAGCAACUCCCGUGGAAACACGGGCGUCAGCAACAACUUUCGUACCGUGCUCGGCUUGAACGAUAAUUCUGCCAUCAGUGUUAACACCGCAGAUCUCCACCGCGCAAACUCUGGUUACGGCAGCAGUGUCAGCGGUUCGAGAGACUCCACUAACAAUAUGAUCGUUCGCAUUAGGAAUCUCGAUGAAAACCUCGCUGGAAGCAGUCCUUCCAAUGAAAGGACGGUUAAUACUAACGGGAGCACAACCGACAACCGGAUCCCUGCCGCUACCAGCAUCAGCGGCAACAGUCGCGGCAACAGAGGGGCAGAGGGGCCUCCUUUAGGGGAGCAAGGGGUGGUAGAGGAGGUGGCCAGGGAAGCAGCCAUGUUACUAGUACCAGGAGCACCACCUGACAACAGGACAGGAGAAAGCGAGAAUAACACUCCGGGGACGUCCAAUGAUACCAGAAACGCCAGCACCGCUCCGAGAAGGAGCACACGUCGUCGUGUCAUUACUCGCCGCUCUGAACCCGAAAGCCGGCCUCAAGCCGAAACCCAACCCCAGACUCAGGCCCCGACCCUCCCUCAGCCUCUUACAGGCGACCCCUCUUCUCGUAAACAGGAAUCCCUCUUCCCCCGCAUCGUCGCCGCUCUUGAUCGUGUAAGCACCAACGCCUCAACAGCUGGCUCCUCCUCCUCCUCCUCCUCCUCCUCAUCCCUCGACAACAACUCCCUCCCCUACGCCAGUUGCCCCAUCUGUCAAACUACCCAACUCUCCAUCCUCGACGUGCCCCUCCUACCUCCCUCCCACCCCGAUCUAAUCAACCUCCCCGACCUCUCCCGCGGCGUCGUACUUUACUGCGGUCACAUGGUGUGUACGCCCUGCUGGGAAGUCUAUGCUCAGCAGCACCAAGAAAACGCGCCGACCAUUGACCGCGGCAACCGCGCCAACACGCCGCCCAUCCGCUGUCCCGUCUGCCGCACCGACCUCUGCCAUACGUGGUGUAAGUGCCCUCUGCCUGUGUGGCAAAUGCCGCCUAGCCUGGAGGACCCGUCCGUUAGUGCCGAGGAGAGGAGAAGGUUAGUCGAGCGGUUUGCGUGGGAGCCGGCUGAGCAUCGGUGGUCGAAGGAGAUAGUCACGGCGCAAUUGUUGCCCGAGGGCGGCAGGAUCCCAGCUUUUUGCGGGCCGUGUAGUGAUGAGUUGGAUAGAGCGUGGCAUGUGGAUAUGGGGUUUGGGGCUGCCAGCAGGGAGCUUGCUUCGCUGACAUGGAGAGAAUCGAGUAGUGAGACUACGAGGUGGCCUUUCCAGGAUGAUGAUGAUUCAAGUUCUGGGAUAUUUGAAUCUUCUGGAUGGUAG